GAAAGAUUUACGAAAUGAUAGGUGGUCGCGUUUUGUUUGGCUGAGCGGCCUCGCGCACUAAAUUGAGGAGUCUUCGCGUUUCCUCCCCUUUAGGGAUUAAGGCGGGCGAUGGCCACCCGGUGCGCCGCAGAGCUGCACUCACCGCCACGGUGAUACCGAACCGCACCGGAGCCUCUGUGUCGAACUGAACCUCCGCAAAACGCUGCAUUAUAGCGAGCGCUCCAGCCCUCACUGCUUACUCUGCUCUCAUCUCUCUCCCACAUUCUGACACUGCGAACUCGCUGCAGAUUUUCUGCGUAAUAGGAGAGUCCGGCAGAACGGAAGAUAGUUUUUCCUCUCCAAUACAUUUUUUGUUGAAUUCCGAAGACCAACGGCGUGUGUGAUUUGUAGAGGACUUUGAGUAGACGUGACAUUACUUGCUAUCACCUUCUUUGAAUCAUAUACGUCCCUUUUUCUUUCUCUAGAUCUCUUGCUCAAUCUCACUCUCCUCUUUCCCCCAUCUCUCUUUCUCAUCUUUCCCCCAUCUCUCUUUCUCUCUUCACGUCACUGCUCAGCUACGCAGUGCGUCAGCGGAGCAGAGAUGACGACCGAGACCUCUCAGCAGCAGCUGGACCAACCGCCUCCCCUGAGGUCCAGCCCGGCCUCCGGUGUCCUGCACCCCGCCAUGAUAAGCCCACAGGCCUCCAUGGACAGUUCCUCGACCGGGGCCAAAGGCAAGAAGGCGAGUUCCGGACUGAGGCGACCAGAGAAGCCUCCCUACUCCUACAUUGCGCUCAUCGUCAUGGCGAUACAGAGCUCACCCACCAAGAGGCUGACUCUAAGUGAGAUCUAUCAGUUUCUCCAGGCCCGGUUCCCCUUCUUCAGAGGAUCCUACCAGGGCUGGAAGAACUCCGUCCGGCACAACCUUUCCCUAAACGAGUGCUUUAUCAAGCUGCCAAAAGGGCUGGGCAGGCCAGGCAAAGGCCACUACUGGACCAUCGACCCGGCCAGCGAGUUCAUGUUCGAAGAGGGCUCGUUCCGCCGCAGACCCAGGGGCUUCCGGAGAAAAUGCCAAGCCCUAAAGCCCAUGUACCGGAUGAUGAACGGGAUAGGCUUCGGUACGUCCAUUUUGCCGCAGAGCUUUGAGUUUCAGGCGCCGGGGUCUCUGGCGUGUCAUAGCAACAGUUACAACUUGGACAUGAUGACCAACUCCAUGGCAGGUGGCUACGACGGGCUUAGCGGCCACCACGUACCUCACAUGUCCCCGAGCCCCGGGUCCACGUACAUGGCCAGCUGUCCGGUAACGUCCAACGGGGAAUACGGUGGACCGGACAGUAGUAGCAGCCCUGUGCCCUCGUCCCCGGCAAUGGCCAGUGCGUUGGACGGUCACGGUCAUUCUCCAUAUGCCAGUACCUCCGGACACUGGGCGUCUCCCGGCGGCUCCCCGUACAUCAAGCAGCAGCCUCUGGCCUCCAGCAGCCCGGCGUCCUCUGGGCUACACUCUGGUAUGUCCCCCUACUCCCUGGAGCAGAGCUACCUCCACCAGAACGCCAGGGACACCGCCGAUAUCUCAGUGGGGAUCCCUCGCUACCAAAGCCACUCCUCACCGGUGGUCGACAGGAAGGAUUUUGUCCUGAAUUUUAACGGCAUCUCCUCGUUCCAUCCCUCAGCCAGUGGAUCGUACUAUCAUCAUCAUCACCAUCACCACCAUCACCAAAGCCUUUGUCAAGACGUCAAACCGUGCGUGAUGUGAGCAGGAAAUGUAGUGCGCGUAAAGGCCCAAACUGUGCUCUGGAGAUGAGAAUGAACACAAAAUCGAGCAAUUUAAACUGAUUCUAUACAUGUCUGGCGACAGUUUAAACCCAAAUAAAUGGCCUGUCAUCUUUCUGAUGAGAUCGAACAAUGGGGACAGUAGCCUAUUUUUGAGAGUCUGGAAAAACUUUUCAGUGGCCUUCGUCGUCUUGAUUGGUCUAAAUGAAGGACAGUAUAUUAUGCACUAACUGUUUCUGAAGUGAAGGACCCACUGGGCACAGAUGUCAGUUCAACCUCUAAUUUUUAUUUACAUUUGUUUGAGUUGUCAACUAUUGUGAACUCAACGGGAAAUCCCCCCAAAAAUCACCAUGUCAUUGGGUUCAGGUUAAAAGUUAGGGGGGGAAAAGACAAAACCCGCUUGGCACAGACAUCAAUUCAACUUCUAUUCCAUGUUGGUUCAACUUAAUUUCAUUGACAUGAUGUGGAAACAACGUUGAUUCAACCAGUGCGUGCUCAGUGGGAAAGCCCUUAUGUUGAUUACUUUUUGCCAAUCCAAUGGGGUUUCCACGUUGAUUCGACGUCAUCACAUAGAAUUUUUUUGUUUGGUUGAACUGAUGUGGAAACAACGUUCAACCCGUUUUUGCCCAGUGGGAAAGCACAAAAGCUUAUGACAAUGAAACCACUUUGCCUUAUUCUGUUCUCUAUUGGCCAACGUUUUCUUCUUCAAAAGAAGUUUCAAAACGAUUUUAAUUAUGUGUUUGCUGUCAUUACUUGUGCAAACAAAUAGCCUAUAUUUUAUGUAACUAGGCCUCUGUUCUGAUCUAUAAAAGUACAUGCACAUACACAAAGCUUUUUAUAACAAAAAUUGCAACAAAUUUGCACUUAUUGUAUACCCUUUUUGAGAUUAGCUUAAUUUUCCUCGUUGUAAAGUGUUUCAAUAAAGCUGAUAUAUUUUCCGCUA